GAUAAGAGAGAAGUGCAACUUAAAUACACACAUGCAUGUACAUACAUAUAGACAUACUUAAUGCUUCAUAAAAAAUAGCAUUAUAUUUGUGACAAUUCAUAAAAGUAUUAUUCUGCUUACAUUGUUAAUGAACUUAAAUCAAAAUCAAUAAAUACUUAGGUUAAAAAAUAAAAAUUAUAUAUAGUAUAAAAUAUAUUACAUAAAUGGAGGAUUGAAAAUAACAAGGGUAAAAUAGAUAUUGCAUAGGAUAAAGGGGGGAGAAUGUCUAUUGUUUAAAGUUGAGGGGGAAGUUUGAUUUUAAAGCAAAGUUGGAGGGUGAAAAUCAAUAUCAAUAAUCAAGAGAUCAAAAAGUAGAAAAAAAACCCUUUCUUAAUCGGCCUUGGUUUGCCGAACGCAUGCAUAGUACCAUGAGACUAUUAUUACAUUACGUCUUCUAUAUAUAUAUAUAUAUAUAUAUAUCAAAAAACUAGUAGUAUAUCUUUUGUAGAUGGAUUCCUUACUGGCUAUUGCUUUUAAGGCCUUGUGCUAGUUAUACAAUUGUACAGAUAAUAAUAAUAAUAAUAUGGUGUCUGCUGAUGGAGACUUUCCUGGUAAAUUUUUCUUCCAUUAAAUAUGUAAUGUUAAUUCAUUAUCAUGUGUUUAUUCAUGCAUGUUUCCCUGUUAUCAACAGGACUACUGGUUUUGCCGGUGCUGACAUUGGGAGCAAUUGCUAUUGGGUUAAAUUAUUAUGUGGUUUUGAAGAAAAGACAAGCUUUAAUGGAACAAUUAAAAGAGAAAGAUUCCAUUGAUCAGGUUUAUGAUGCAAAGGAGGAUUACUUCAGUCAGCUCCCAGAUGAUCUUUUGCCUUCCAUGCUGGCAUAUCUGCCGAUACAUGAUGCUGCUAGGACGAGCAUUUUAUCUAGAAGGUGGAAACAUCUCUUUGCUUCUAUGCCUAUGUUAAAAUUCAAAUGCCUUGACAUGUCCGGGAUUGACUCUGAUGAUCACAGUUGUUGCCCUGACUAUCAACAAAAAUUCUUGAAAGGAGUAAAUCAAUUAUUACAACUUUAUUCAGGUCGUAGAGUGGCUCAUAUUGAGAUGGCCUUUUGCUAUGGGAGAAAGUUUUCUACUGCAUUUGACCAAUUGAUGUGUUCCAUUUCAAGAGUAGGUGUUGAAAGAUUAUCUCUUAACUUUCGUCCUCAAAACAAAACUUCUCCGAUGUGUGGAUUUUCUUUUGAGCUUCUCUCUCAAGCAUCCUCAUUGAAACAUUUGUUUUUGACCUGUUGCGUUGUGCAACCAAGUUCCAAAGUCAACUUCCUCCGAACCAUUAGCUUGGAGUAUGUUUUCUUAAGAAGCGGACAACUCGAGGUAUUUUAUCCUCUUGUUCGAACCUUGAGCAGUUACGAAUUAAAUUUUGUACACUUCCUUUUAAGAUGUGUCUCUGGUAGAAUAACAUCUUUUAUCUUUUUCACUUGUAAUGGAGUAGAAGAAAUUGAUCUUCGGGCUCGAAAUCUCCGUACGUUUGAGUGUUCCUCUUAUAGAAAAGUCAGAUUUUAUUUCUCCUUUGUUCCCGAAUUGGAAUAUGUAAUGAUUGAUCUUCGACAAUCCGAGUCAAUGCCAUACAUAUUUGGUGAUUUUGCAAGAGAUUUACCUGCUCAGAUUAAAUCUUUAAGAGUCAGAAUCGGUCCUUCCGAGGUAUAUUUCUUUCCAAGAGAGAUGGAGAUUUUCAAAAACCUUAUAAAUUUCUUUCCAAGAGAGAUAGAGAUUUUCAAAAACCUUAGGCAGUUACAUUUGGUACUUGUGGACACUAACGACUAUGACAUACUCAAAUUUUCCCCUCUCUUGCGCGCUUGUCCUUUUCUUCAACGUUUGAGUUUAGAUUUAACAAUGAUAAGAUGGAGUGCAGGAAGAGGAGGGCCUCUUCUUAUAUCGCCUACAUGUCACACUGAGCUAAAAGAAGUGGCUUUUUGUGGAUUUCAUGGGAUAAGUGAAGAGAUUGAAUUUGCUUUAUACAUUAUGAGAAGUGCCAUGGUACUUGAGCGAAUGUUUCUCAGCCAACGCUUUAGAUGUUAUUCUGGGUUUGGCCACUGGGAGAACAUGUUUUUUACGUUUGAUGAAAGAAGACAGAACUCGAUCCAAAGACAAUUAUGUGGAGAAGCUAUCUCUAGGAAAGCUGUGGUGAUUUUCCAAUAACUUUCUUUGCAGAUACUAUAUUAGUUCUUUGUAGUCAUCAGCGGUAUGUUAAUAUGUAGAGUUUAUUCAAGCACUUAUUUAUUGUAGGUUAAUAUGUAGAGUUUAUGCAAGUACUUACUUAUUGUAGGUUAAUUUGUAGAGUUAAUGGGAGUACUAAUUAUUUGUUACUAUACACGAUUUUCAAAUUAAAAUUUUGUAGCAGUUUCAACUUUCAUGCUAUAAUGAAGAUGAUUGUCUGCUUGGGCUGCAUUCUUUUGUGCUUAGAAUGGGGUACUGUAGCAUCGAGCUCAUUGCAGACCGAA